AUGGAGUAUCUUCAAGGCAAGACAAAUGUCUGCUUGUCGGGAGGCGCAGACGGAGCCGAUCUCGAGUGGGGCAAAUGCGCCGAAUCUAGCGGGCACGAGGUGAUUCACUGGAGUUUCCCCGGGCACAGGAGCCAGGCACCCGAAAGCCAAAUUGUACGACUCGACGAUGAACAGCUCAGAAUAAGCGACGAGGCUCUCAAUAAUGCAGCAGUCGCCCUCGAAAAGGACCCACCGCGGCGGCCGACGGUGGCUCGGUUGCUGCAGCGCAACUAUUACCAGGUCGCUUGGAGUCAGGCCUGUUAUGCAGUCACUGUCAUUAGGGAGGAUGCGCCGCCGGGAGGGACAGCCUGGGCGACUACCAUGUUCAGUCAGCUGCACCCAGACAAUCACAACCUAUACAUUUUUGACCAAGAAAAAAAUGUGUGGUUCCAGCAUAAUGGUACAGCUUUGGUGCAAAUUGACAGUCCACCACGUCCGACGGGCAUUUGGGCUGGGAUUGGUUCACGCGACCUCAGGCAGAGCGGCAUCGAUGCCAUCAGGAAGUUGAUGGGGGUGUUAGACUGA